AUGAAUUCAAGAACAUUACUCUGCCAAUCAUCCCGAGCUUUAAGCUCUUCUCUUCGCAGCUCAGCUGCAAGGCAAUCAUUGCGAUCGCAAUUCCAUAAUAACACUCCGCUGGCAGCGCAAGUAGCGUCGAGGCAGUUUCAAGGAAGAAGAUUUUAUGCUACAGAACCAGAGGCUGAGAAGGAUGAGGCAGAGGCAGAGACGAAGGCUGUACAAGUAGAGGACCCGGCGAAGAAGGAGUUGGAGAAGCAGUUGCAGGCAAAAGAUAGGGAUAAUAUUGAAUUGAAGGACAGGCUCCUCCGCGCCAUCGCCAACUUUCGUAACCUCCAAGAUCGCACGAACCGCGAUAUGCAAGAAGCUAAAGACUUCGCCAUACAAAGAUUUGCCAGAGAUAUCGUCGACACCGCAGAUAACCUCGACCGAGCCCUUACCACCGUCCCCGCAGAGAAACUUUCCAUUUCUGCCGAAGAACGAAAUGAGCAUCAACAAGAUUUGAUUGCAUUACACGAGGGCUUGAAGAUGACCGAGAAUAUCCUCAUGUCAACAUUGAAGAAGCACGGCGUGGAGAGAUUCGAUCCUUCAGUGAAGUCCGAGAAAUUCAACCCACAUGAACACGAGGCUACAUUCAUGACUCCCAUGGCAGGAAAGGAGAACGGAACCGUUUUCAUUACCCAGCAGAAGGGAUACAAGCUCAACGGAAGAAUAUUAAGAGCUGCCGAAGUCGGAGUUGUCAAGAACCGUUGA